AUGACGGAAUCAUUGCAAAGCGCUCUGGAUCAGAGUGACGCAGUCGCGGACUUGAUUCAGACUUUAGAAGCAGGAGAUCUCGAUCAUGCUGUAAACUUGCGCGGACUGGACCUGUCGGAUGACGCGUUCGAGAAGAUCGGCCAAGAGCUGUUUGUUGCCAUCGGAAGUUCCGACAAGGUCGAGGUGAGGUCGAAAGGAGCCUUCUCACCAGGUUCACCUUGUCUCCAGGAGUUGGACCUUGGAAGCAGCCAUCUCGACAAGACCGCUGGUUACCAUCUCGUGCAAGCAGUCCAGUGCCAGAAGACUCUCUCCAUCCUCAGGCUAGGAAACAAUGGCUUGAGCGACCUGCUCUGCGCCAACAUAGUCCAUGCCUUGGGAGAGAACGAGAGCUUGAAGCUGAAAGAGCUGUUCCUGGGGAUGAACGAGGCUGGUGCCACAACAGCCACAACGUUGCACAUGCACUUGACGUCUGACCAUGGCGGUUUGCGUUUUCUUGAAAGAUUGAAUCUUGCAAACAAUGUCAUGGGCGACGAUGGUGGUAGCAUAGUUGCAAGCAUGUUGGGAAACAACAAUCACCUCAAGUAUCUUGACUUGGGUGCUAAUCGGCUGGGAAAGAAAACCAGCAUGGCUAUGGCAGAGGCGUUACUCACCAAUGCCUGCCUUGUGGAGCUUCGCAUCGAGCGAAAUGCAGAGUUGGAGAGUCAAGGUUUGCUUCCCAUCGUCGAUGCUGUCAGACAGAACCGUCAUUCGCGCAUUCAGAUGAUCUACACAUCAGAGCCCAUUGCUGAGAUGCUGCAGCAGCAAGGCUUCAACUCGGACCUCUCGAAUCGCGAGAUCUUCGAGCACCUCCGAGACCUGCACGUCUGGUACGAGGACGAGGCGUCGUUUGAGGUCUCGACAGCGAAAUGGAAGAGCGUGCGGCAAGCCAUCAGGCAGAAGCAAGGGAAGAUCCUGUCAGAGAUCUUGUCGCUCUGGUACUGGGCUUACUACGUUGAAUGUGCCAAGGCUAUCGGGGUUGAACGCUACAGGAGUCGAAGUUUAACGCAUCACUUUGAAAGCUUCAAGUCGACUGUCAGUGCCAACAGGGCCAAGCUGAUUGCGCUACAAGCGAGACAUGCGGAGAGGAGGCUGGCAACCAGCUUCUACUCGUUUCUGCUGUCAGCCGUGAUGUCGAAAGAGUCGCUCUGUUUGAGUGAUACCUUGCACUUGUUGCAAACCAAACGCAAAGCUCUCGAUCGAUACCUAGGACAUGAGCAUGUCUCGCAGUACCGUACCUUCUAUACCAGAAAGAAGAUGGACAUUUUUCUUGGCAUGGAGACAAUUCUCAAUUUUAAGACGGAAGGCAUUCGAGACAGUUGA